UGAACUUGUUUUUAUGCGUGAAGGGAGGUUGUGAGUUGUGAGUCGUGACAGAGUUGUUGACAAGCACCCAUUAAAGAAAGGACAUGGUCAAAAAUGACAAUUAAGCAAAUACCAAUUAUUUUGGAGGUUGCAAAUGCAGGGCAUCUUCGCAUCUUUCUUCUGUAACGAAGUAUAACUAACAUUUGGAUCCCCAGAUUCCUCUCUCUUUCUUUAUCUUUCUUUCAAUUAAUAGCUCCCAAUUACAGUUCUGCACUUUAAUUACGCCGUCGUUUCACAUCGUUUUCCUUCAACAUAAAUCCCCUGCUUUUCUGGGUUUCAUUUCUAGCUCCACAUUUCUGGGUCCCAAAAUCUCUUCAGUGAAGAGAUCGAGGACAAGACGAUGUGUAAUCAAAGUGGUCAAUGUUCAUCAAGAAGUCGAAACAAACAAGGGAAAGGGAAAAGGUUAUGGAAGAAAGUCAAAUAUCAAUUAGUGGAGUACCAUUCUUUGCCAGGCUAUUUGCGAGACAAUGAGUAUAUUCAAGGUCAUUACAGAGCUAAUUGGCCAUUAAAGCAAGCUUUCUUCAGCAUUUUCUCUAUCCAUAAUGAAACCCUCAAUGUCUGGACACAUUUGAUUGGAUUCUUCUUUUUCUUAUGUCUGACAAUCUACACUGCAAAGAAGGUUCCUGAGGUUGUCGAUCUUCAUUCAAUUCAACAUCUUCCUGAUCUGCACAAGAUGCAUGCUGAUCUAAUGACUUGUCUUCCUUCAUUACCUGACAUGUCUGAUCUUCAUAAGCUUCGCGAAGAACUGAGAACAUCAAUGCCAUCUGGUUGGCACAUUCUGGAGCUCCUCUCUAACUGUUUGCCAGACCGCUUUUUUAGUGGAAAUCAGACUGAUGCAAGUGUUCUGCAUAACAUGACAGAUGAGUUGGCAAACGUAAUAGGACCUUUCAUAAGACGACCGGUAACUCGUUGGCCAUUCUUCGCCUACUUAGGAGGAGCAAUGUUCUGCUUACUAGCUAGCAGUAUAUGUCACCUAAUAUCCUGCCACUCGGAACGCUGUUCAUACAUCAUGCUCAGAGUAGACUACGCCGGAAUCGCAUCCCUAAUCUCAACCUCCUUCUACCCUUUAGUCUACUACUCCUUCAUGUGCCAUCCCUUUUUUCGAAACCUUUACAUGGGGUUCAUCACUGUUUUAGCAAUCGCGACAGUUAUGUUCUCUCUCCUCCCACAAUUUGAAAAACCAGAGUUUCGAACCAUACGAGCUGUUUUAUUUUCUGGGAUGGGACUUUCUGGUAUACUUCCUAUUCUGCAUAAAAACAUCUUGUACUGGAAUCAACCUGCAGCAAUUCAUACUACUGGUUAUGAGCUUUUAAUGGGGAUGUUUUACGCACUUGGUGCCCUUGUUUAUGCAACUAGAGUUCCUGAAAGAUGGAUGCCUGGGAAAUUCGACAUUGCAGGACAUAGUCAUCAAUUGUUUCAUAUACUUGUUGUUGCUGGUGCGUAUAGUCAUUAUCGUGCUGGGUUGGUGUAUCUACAAUGGAGAGAUUUUGAAGGUUGUUAGUUGAAAUUCCAGGAAAAACAUAUUCUAGGUCAGUAAUUGUUUAUUUUUGUAUACCAUUCUUCCAGAUAUUCCCAACUGUAAUUAGUGCAUUGAAGUGGUAUAUGAUGUUUGAAUGCAUCUGAAUAUCUGCAGCUACCAAGUACUGUAUUUCAUAGGUGAUUUAGGUUAAAGUGUUGUACUUUGGAUAUUGUACUAAGUGAUUUUACAGGAAAAACUAUUACUCUGUACUGUAUUGAUUGAUGUUCUUGUUACAUAAACUUUCAUGUAGAUUCAUUACUUA